AUGGCACAAGACAACUCUCUUUGCACCUUGCCGCCAGAGAUGAGGAUCUCCAUCGCUGAUCACCUCGAUGCUAAAAGUCUGCUUGCGCUCAGUCUGACGUGCACCCUCUUUCGCCGCCUAAUUGAGUUGACCUCGGACCAGCGCCUUCAGAUCUUGCUUCAACUCGAGCUCCUUGAUCGAUAUGGCGGUGAAAUGAGAAUCUACGGACAGCGACCGGAACAGGGAGGAGAGCGGUUUGCGACAGCGCAGCAAAUAGCGGAUUGGGGGCGGUUUCGAUGGGCGUGUUCUGGAUGCGUGCGCUUGCUGCCUCAUCUUGAGUUUGACAACAGAUCCAUCUUUGGGAGGCCGUACCAGAAGCCAGUACACGCACGACCAUCCGGUCACAUCUGGUCCUGGGACUCUCGCCCGGAUGAGGACGGGGCCGAUGCUGGCAAGAACGUUGUUGGCAGGCAAUUGCUCGGUUCGGGAGAGAAGCGUCAUUUGCGCCAAUGCAACGAGUGUCUGUCUCAGCGAAGCUCGUCAUCUCUCCGCUAUGUGGACGAAUUCUACUUCACUUCUCCAGAAUUCGAGCCCCCAUUCCUGUCCCCUCGUAUCCCGGUUGCCAAGAGCCGCCGAAUACGUUGCGCAUCUGCAAUCAACAGAUUCUUUCCAGGGUUCCUUGACUUUCUUUCGUGCAGUCUGGAUGAAUCGAAGGAGGUGCCUAGCAAACGGGCCAUGCGGUACCUCGGAUACCACUCACGACUGUCCACCGUCCCCUCUUUCAAAUGCUACAUCCUUCGUUGUCCGUCGUGUGAACGAUGGAAGGAAUUAAGAUCUUUUCCUGUGCCAUGUAGCGUCUCCUUUUGGAGCCUUGAUAUGGAAUCGGUUAGAGAAUGGCUUUUUGUUUCGUCCGAUCGCCUGCUGCAGUUUGACGAGCACCACCCCAUCAAUUUUGGCUGUAUGGCGUGUCUAGCUGCUAAAGAAAAUGGCCAUGACUCUAUGGCCGAGGUGGUGCUGACCCUAUUUAAAGGCGAGAUCGAUAUUGCGAUCAGGGCCGAGGAACAACGCUUGCAGGUUGGUUGGCGGGCUAUGACAGAAUUCAUCAAGUCCGAGUGGCCCGAAUCCGUCCGUCAGGAGCUGGAGAUGGUUCGGGAAAAUCUGAAUGAAAUCUGGCACGAUGAAGCGAAUGUAGAUAUGCAGCAAUUGGGAAACUCCCGAGGAAAGCUCCGGGAUUUCAUGGAUGAGGUUUCCAGAGACGCUUCGUUUCGACGCGAUUGCUGUUCGCAGAUUUGCCCACGGUCGACAGUGGCGGCAUUUGUCAAGUACUACGAUGCCAUGGACGAAGAAAUGAAUUGGCUGCACGAAGCAAAGGCGGCUGUAGAAGCGAUGCCAGAGCUUUUACUUAACUGGGCGUUGGAUCCGCAGAACAUGGACAAACCGCCAUGGGACCAACCCGACCUUCCGGUGCGGAAUUUCAGCUCCGAUGAAAACUGA